AUGAUCUCAGCCCGUCCUCUGAAAUCUGCUGCUCUCAGUGGGCUGUUGGCCGCCGGGCAUAACUGGACAGAGUCUCUGGAAGGGAACGCCGCAACAGGAAAUGAGGAUUCCAGCAGCAGCAGGACGGAUAAAAGGAACUUCGUCUCGGAGGUCCGACAUGAUCUGCAGGAAGUGGCUCCUGAACUUCUGCCCGAUGAAGGCGUACAGGACGGGGUUGAGGCAGCAGUGGAGGUAGGCCACGUUCCUGGACACGGCCAGGACCUGGACGCGUAUCUUCUCCUCGGCGCAGCUCCUCUGGCCGAACAGCGCCCCGGUGUGGACCAGCAGCGCGGCGUUGAAGGGCAGGUGGCAGGCCACGAACACCAGCACCACGGCCAGCACCACGCGGAUGGCCUUCCGCCGCUGGCUGUUCUGCGCCCGCAUCAGCGUGCACGCCACGCGCCAGUAGCAGAACGCCAUCGCCAGGAGCGGCACCAGGAAGCCCACCGCCAUCUGCAGGCCGGGCACCAGCAGCUUGACCAGUCUGGCCGUGUCGUCGCGGAGCUCGCUGUAGAGCAGCGUGGGAAGGGUCAGAACCCCGGAGAAGAUCCAGACCGCCAGACAGACGAGGCGGCCGUAGACGGCGGUUUUGGAGCGGAACCCGAAGGAGCGGCGGGCCCUGACGAUGGCCACGUAGCGGUCCCCGCUAAUACAGGCCAGCAGCAGCAUGCCGCUGUACAGGUUGACGCUGUAGGCCGAGCGGAGGGCCUUGCAGGCCGCGGGGCCCAUGGGCCAGGCGCUGCGCUCGUUGUGCGCGAUGAAGGGCAGCGCCAGCACGAAGAGCAGGUCCGAAACCGCCACGUUGACCAGGUACACGUCCGUCAUGGUCUUGGCCCGCUUGUAGAAGACGUAGGUGGCGAUCACCACGCCGUUGCCCAGCAGGCCGAACACGAAGAUGGCGGCGUGGACGUAGGCCUGCGUCAGGAGCUGCGGGGGGGUGGCAGUGUGAGCCCAGUCUUUGCUGCUGUCAUCCUCACUUUCCUGGGAUCCUUUCUGUUUUGGGUGCUGGAGACCGUGUGCCGCUGGGAGAUGCUGUUGGGCUCCACGGCGGAAGUGAGCUGCUGCUGCUUUCACCUGCGCGCCCGUGAGCCCAAAACGCUCGUUUGCACGCGGCAACUCGCUCUGCAGGUUAUCCCGAGAGCAGGGGCUCCCGGGUUCUGCAGCAUGAGUAAGUCCGGCUCGCUCAGGGUGAAGAACCCCUUCAAGUUCAAGUCUCCGGAGAAGGAUGGAAAGCUGCCGAGGCGCGCGGAGUCCCUCAGGGACCCCCGCCAGGACCCCGGGGAUUUGCACCCGGGCCCCGGGCCCCUCUCCCCCGGGGACGCGUCCCCCUCACCCGUCUCCCCGAAAGAGAAGAAGGGGAAGAGGCUGUUCCCCUUCAAGCUGAGGAGGAAGAAGUCCAAGAGCAGCAAAGACCCGGGGGAGGUCUUCUUCCCGGACACGGAUGAGCUGGACAAAUUCAACAGCCACCUCGCAGCAGCAUCUCAGAUGCGUUUGGCUUCCAGCAGCCAUGUCAUCAGAGUCUAUUUCAGAAACGUGGAAAUGGGUGUGACAGGAGUCAAUUCGCCGCCUCGUCAUAACGAGGCCGUUGUGAUGCGGAGGAUAAUAGAAGUCACUUCACUGACGAAAUAUCUCAUUUGUUCAAAUCCAUCAACAUCAACCGUCGAUGGCAGCGAGAAGAAAGACAUUUCUCGAUCACACAUCGCUAUUGGCUUUGUGUGUCUGGUGUUGGAGGAGCAUGAACACUGA